AUGCGAGUUUCUGUCGCUUCUUCCACUUCAGCCUGCGAGCCCAUUAAUCCAAAGUACCCUCAUUGGAAUGACGCCAGCUGCCUCACAGCCAUCAUAUUUGCCAGUCUCGGUGGUCUCCUUACCAUCCUCAUCCUCGUCGUCUUCAUUGUUUAUCGUAAUACCGCUGUAGUGAAGGCAUCCACCCGAGAAUUAAUGUGGCUCAUCCUUGCCGCUAUGCUUUUGGCCCACGCCUUCACUGUCCUCGUCCUGUUUCGUCCCUCCGCCAUCACCUGCGCCCUUCAACGUACCCUACCCGGGCUCGCGUUUACUGCCAUCUACGCUGCAUUAGUCACCAAGACCAAUCGGAUUGCCCGUAUCAUGGAGGGAUCAAAGAGGAUCCUGGUGAAGAAACAGAGGUUUCUCUCUACGUCGGCUCAGUUAUUUAUCACUGGAAGCGAUGGCAACAUCAAACGUGAACCGCCCCAGCGAGGAGGAGAGGGCGGUCUCCCCUACGCCAAUUUGGUGGAUAAAAAGUAUGUCGUGCUAAUUGCCGUCGAGGUCGCAGUGAUAACAACGAUGUUGAUCAUCGAAGCACCGGGCACGGAGCUACGAUUCUCCAAGGACCUCAUUCGAGCUCGUUUGUGCUGCAACACCAGUCAACGCGGAAAUAUAAUCCCGCUUGGGUUUCCCAUCUUUCUCAUAGCUAUGUGCACCAUCUACGCCAUAAAGACACGCAACCUGCCGCAUAACUUCAAUGAGGCCAAAUUCAUCGGCUUCACUAUGUACACCACCUGUGUCCUCUGGCUCUCCAUCAUUCCGGUCUACCUAUCAGGGUACAAGACUGAGGUGACCCUGACCCUCUGCAUCAGCAUCUCCGCCACGAUCGCUCUGAUGGUGCUCUUUGUGCCAAAGACCUACAUCAUCCUCUGUCGACCGGAGAAGAAUUCGCGCAUGUCAUUCGCCACCGCGAAGGAUAUUCGAUGCCACAUGGGAGUGCUACAGACCAACGUCAACACUAAGGACAAAUCAAAGAAGUUAUUUGGGAAGAAGGGUAACCCCGUGGGAGGCAGAAAGUCCUCUGGCUACACCGAAGUGGUGGAAAUGGCGAGUGACAGAAAAAUCUCCUUGCUCCCACCAUCCCAGCCACCAGGAAUGCAACCCAAAGCAUCGCAUGAUUUGACAGCACCAUCGGCAGAAGUCUCCUCACCUAGGAUAACGAAUGGCAGUCCCGGUGGAAAAGUUGAUGAUGCCUGUCGAGGGUCCUCAGAUUCAGUCCAAGUUUCUUUGGAUGAGAACAGACAACGGAAGUCAUUUAUUCGACGGGAAAAGCAUCUAUUCCCACCGCGGAUGAGGCCAUCGAUGAAAGCUGAGGCGAUCUGCCAAACUGACUGGAGUCUGCCUCCAGGAGGAGAACUGGGGUUGGCUGAAGCUGAGGACCUCUCCACGGGAUCGGAAUCCAAUAAGAGGCUGUCAAGCUUCUCAUCGGAAAGUGAAAGAAAGAGGUCAUACGAGCUGCUAGAGAAGAUACUUAUGGCUAAACAGGAGGUCUUGAAUGACCAACAGUGUCAACUUGAUUUCCUUAAGAGCAAAGUGUGUGCCUUAAAGGAAGAUAAUCGUAUGCUAAAGGCACAAGGCCAUGUUCAAGCUGCCAUUAUUGAAAAGUUAGACGGAAAGAAUGCGAGGCUGCCAAUGCUGAUGAAUAGUCAGAUGGAGGAAAUAAGGGUUUAUCGUGAGCAGCUGAAGCGUUUGAAGGAUAUUUUUGUUCGCACAAAUAAGGCUAUGCAGGAGUCGGAAAGUGCUCGUUACAGAGCCGAGGAGGAGCUGCAGCAUUUAAGGGACCUCGCUUUUGAACAGAAUCUGCCGGAACGUGAGGAGCUGGUCUCUGCUUUGCAGCAGCUAAGGGAGGAAUAUGAAUCCAUUGAGAGGGACAAAGUGGCACUGGAGAAGUAUGUUCACAAUCUGGAAAAGAACCAGCGAUGCGAGCGCACACGCCUAUUGCGACAACAGCGCGACCUGCAGGCCAAAUGCGCCACACUGGCCUCCACCGUGCGUGGUUUGCAGACGGAUCUGCAGGAGAAGCAACGGAUGCUGGAGGCACAUGCGCAGCGUGGCAGGAGUCGAUCCACUGCUCGAGGGACUGCCGACGCCACAGCUGUACAGAUGCAGCCACCUCCACAACCGACUCCGUCACCGCAUCUGGUGAAGACGGAAACGAAAAUCAAGGCUCAACUGAAAACCACCAAUCAAAUGGAUGGAUGCACUUCUCAAACCGACACCCCGAAAAGGAAUGUAAAAUCCUCCACUCGUCCAGCAACAACGAUUUUGAGCGUUGAACCACGCAUAUCAAAUGAGGUGUUCUGUCGUCCACAAACCGUUGAACCGACUUUGGAUCUGACGAAAAGCUGCCUUGGAAAAAGCCAUGAUUGCGAACUGGCAGUUUUGAAAGCUAGGGAAAACUUGGCUCGUUUGGUUGCAGAGGCAAAAAUCAAGGAGGAGGAGGAGGAGGAACCUAUCAUGUCAAAGAGGAACGAGUCGAAAGCUGCUCCCCUAACCACCAUCGUCGGUGCGCAGUCUUACGAGGACUGGCCAGAAUUUGAGGUUGCCGAACCACUCAAAAUGCAACCACUUCCACGGCCCGUGAAAGUCCAGAAUGACAUCAAGGCGAUCAAGAAAGCUGGUGCUACGGCUGCUAGAGGCGACUCUAUAGAGGUCCCAGAGGCGCUUCAAAAGUCACCAGCCAGUACAGUGCAAGAAAAGUCUAUGACGGUCAUUUCGGAUCUAGUACGUGAAAUGACGGUAGCUAAGGAGAGGCAAGACGAAUUCCAGGCAGAAAAUGCGGACAAAAAUGAAUGCUCUGGUGUUUGCUCUUCAGUCAUUUCAAAAACUAUAGGAGAUGGGGACAGUGUGAAAUUAGGAUCAAAAAUUCUGCAAGGUAAUCCAAGGGAGAAGAAGGCUGUCCAUUCAAAGGAGUCUCAUUCACAACACCCACAUCCGACUGCCGCCAACGCAAUCACAAACGUCGAUAGCAACAACACAAAUAGCGCAGAAACCGCCGGCAACACAAGUGGCACUCGUCUUGCCUCCAAACUCUUCGAUGCUCAGGCCAAAUCUGCACCACCCAACACCUCGUAUGCUUCGCUGAAACAAAAGCCUGGUGCAGCCGUUCAAAUGGAUGAUGAGCUCGAAUGUCAUCAUGUCACCGGGCUUUACACUGAACCGUCCGUUCAUUGA